AUGUCUUUGACACGAGCAGUGGAGCAAGGCUUGACAGCUGUAUGCAUAUUCGCAUUCCUGUCGCUCGUUCUCUCUGCGACGCUCGUUGCCAAUCUGGCCUACCAUCUCAUCCAAUGGAAACGAGGCACCUAUUCACGAAUCAACCAGUUCGUGAUACUCAUCUUCAACCUUCUCCUGGCCGACCUCCAGCAGUCUACUGCCUUUGUGCUGAAUACGGAAUGGUUACGACUCGGCAGGAUCGGUGUGGAGGGUCGCAUCUGCUUUGCCCAAGGAUGGUUUGUCUCCACUGGGGACCUGGCAAGCGGCGUCUUCACGUUCGCAAUCGCCAUGCACUGCUUCGCCGACAUCGUGCACGACUACCGCAUGGAUUACACACGCUUCAUCCUCUGCAUCAUCGGCCUCUGGUCAUUUGUGUACACGUGCGCGAUCAUUGGCCUGGCGAUGCAUCCAGGCGAGCUCUACACUCGAGCAGGCGCGUGGUGUUGGAUCAGUGCGAAACACAGAGAGUUACGACUGUGGCUGCAUUACCUCUGGAUCCUCGUUGCCGAAUCCGGAACUUUGACCGUCUACUCAUUGAUCCUCAUCGUCAUCCGGAAGCGCAUCAGAAAUGGCUCCUACGGCACCAGGGAAAUGCGAUAUCGAGCUCAGACAGCUGCACGAUUGGUGGUAUUCUACCCCAUCGUCUACCUCGUCUGCACACUGCCGCUCGUGGUCGCACGCCUGAAAUCCAUGGCCGGAGUAAAAGUGUCACGUCUGGAAUACACCAUCGCCGGGGCCAUGAUCACCUCCAACGGAUGGCUGGACGUCGUCCUCUACUCCCUGACCCGGCGGGCUCUCAUCUUCGGACCAGGCCUGACGAGCGCAAACGUCCGCGCCCUGGAAGCUUUCAACCACACGUACAGCAGCAACUGGCGAGCCGAUAGCAUGUUCGGCAACACGACCACGAUCGAAGCCACCCACCCCAUCACCCACGUCCCUCCCUGUCACCAUCAAAAGCGCGCAGCCAGUCGCUCCGGCAGUCUCGCGAGUCUGCCCAGCUACCAUCAUCUCAAGCGCUACAGCAGUCGAAUACACGGUACAGGCACAGGCACAGGCACCGGUACAGGGACAGGCCGACGACCGAGCAUCCUCCCCUCCAUUCUCCACGCGACGGAUAGCCUAGAAGACCUCUUCGACGCGCAGGAGCGAGGCGGAGGCGGAGGCGGAGGCGGCGUCAAGACGGAAACGGUAGUCGAGGUCACGAGGACGGACUCGACGGGCAUCUUGCCGCGGAGGGACCCCGUGAGGAAUCCUUGUGCGGCGGGCGACGAGGCCCUGACGACGACGACGACGACCACCACCACCACCACCACCACGACCAGCAGGCCGCGGGACAGCUUCGAGAUGUCGACCACCAGCCGGGGAAGAGAGGCCGUGUCUCCUCCGGGAUGGAAAUCGGAUCCGGCGCCGUGGGAAGACGUCGUGUUGGGGGAGUGGCCGAGGGAGAAUACAAACGGCAAGCCAUGA